AUGGCGGAGGAGCGCGUGCAGGCUCUAGAGCAGCAGAUGAUUGCGCUGGCCCAGGAGCUGCAGAAACGCCAGCAGAGGGAGAACGAUCUCACGGCCGAGGUGCAGCGGCUCGGCCGUGCGGCCGAGGCUAGACUACGGGUGGACGGGCCUGUGCUGCAGCCUCGAGCUGAGUCGCUCGUGGACACUCGCACGCUGGGCAAGCCGGAUGUGUUCGCGGGCGAGGAACACCUUCGGAACGAUUGGAAGGUGAUCUUCAAGGCGUACUGUGGCGUUGUGAACGCCGACUUGCUGGCAGGGAUGCGACUGGCAGAGAGUGUUGACGAGGCCUCAGUUCAGAUCGAUGACUUCAUCGAGGAGAAUAUGAGGCAGGCCUCGCAGCAGCUGUAUUACAUCUUGCUCCUCCUCUGCCGGCACCACCCUCUGACGACGAUCGUGAACGCUGGCGAGAAUGAGGGCUUCCAGGCUUGGCGCAAGCUGGUCGAAUACUACGAACCGAACGCGAGGUCCCGCAUCGCGGGGCAGCUGCUGAACCUCCUGAACUUCUCGAUCGGCAUCGUCCUCUGGCAGCUCGAGGAAGGCCCUCUACGCCAGCACCUCUGGCUCAAUGCGACCAGGCUGGUGGAGUGGCAGGACUUCCGACGCGAGGUCACCGACGUCCGCCGUGCCCAGAGCGCCAUCGCCCCGCAAGCACAGGGGGACGUUGGCGAGCAUGGAGCAGACGCUGGCUCGCAUCAACGCCUCCCGGCCGACGAGUACGACUGUGCCAUCGGCGGCCAGCUCUAUAUCUCGACGGCUGCGACUACGAGGCUGAGUCCGGCGACGGCGAUGUCCGGCGCGAGCUCUCGACAGGUCGCAGCACUCUACCUGAACGACGCGGACGAGCAGGUCAGCUACCCGUUCGCGAACCUCCACUCCCUCAUCAUCCACGACCCGGGGCCGGACAAGGCGGACGUGGUCGACUCUGCGACCGGCGCGGCCCUGGACCUGAACACGAUCCACUGCAAUUCGGAUGCGGGGGAGGUCGAGCUCAACGGCAUCUUGCGUGUGGGCAUCGACUCUUGUGCGGCGGCAUCGGCGCUGCCGCGUGGCUCGUGCGCGGACUACCCGGUGCACGAGGGCGGCCAGGCGAUCUCGUGCAAGACCGCCUCUGGCCACUACGUGAACGACGAGGGCGAGAGGCUCCUCGUGGGGGCGAUGCCUGGGGCAUCCCAGGCACGCGCUGCCAAGUUCAGGGUGGCGGACGUCAGCAAGCCGUUGCUGGGCGUCGCGGAGAUGGUCGACUCUGGCCAUCGGCUCGUCUUCGGCUCGGAGGGCGGGCAGGACAUGAGCUACGCGCAUCACAAGACCAGCGGAGACGUCGUCAAGUUAUGCCGCAGGAACAAGGUCUACGAGAUGGACGUGCACGUCGACCCGUACGUGCCGGAGGUCUGUCCGGUCGAGGUGGCAGGCCGCGAGCCUCCCGAGUGCGAGGCCGGCCAGCCAGGCGCGGCUUACGAGGGCGUCGCGGAGGGCCCGCCGGCGCGGCCGGCGAGGGGGCCCGCGGCGCCGACGGCGGCCGAGCGAGCCGCGCGUGAGGUGCUGCACGAGCCCUACAGGGCAUGGCGCCGGGAGCGCACGAAGGACCGCCAGGAGUCGGCGCUCGCGGUGGUUGGCAUCGACUACGGCUACCUCGGUGAACGAGAGGACGCCACGCCGCUGCUGAUCGGGAAAGAUUCGAAGCAGCGUUGGUUCCACGCAUCGGUGGUUCCACCCAAGGGGGCGCAGCAUCCCUGGCCGGCAAAGUCGUGGGCCAGGAGGCUGGUAUCGGCUGGCCACAAGCGCUUCGUCUUCCGCUCGGACGGCGAGGCGCCGCUCGUCGCCCUGAAGACCCGCAUCGGGGCCAAGCUCAAGGAGGAGUACGGCAUCGAGACUGUGCCCGAGGAGAGCGCGGUCGGCGACUCUCAGGGCAACGGCCUUGCCGAGCACGCGGUGCGCGAGGUCAAGGCCAAGGUGAGGACGGCGCGGGCGCAGGUGGGCGACCUCCACGGCGUUAGCAUUGGCGUCGAGCACCCGGCGACCCCGUGGAUGGUCGAGUUCGCAGCCAUGUCCAUCAACCUGGGCAGGCGGGGCGCGGACGGCCGCACGGCUUGGGAGCUUCGGUACGGCCGCCCCUUCAACAAGGACCUGGCUUGCUUCUCGGAGAAGGUCCUGUACCUCCCAGGGGGGAAGCGCAAGGCCGGGAUCGAGGACAAGUUCCUCGCCGGGCUCUACCUGGGGCCCACGCUUCGGACGGACGAGGUCUACAUCGGCACGGAGUUGGGCGGACUAUGGGCCAGGGCCUUCAAGCGGUUGACGGUCGAGCAGCGGGCUGACAAGGACCUGCUGAACAGCCUCGCGGGGAAGCCGCGGGCGCCGGCGCCGACGGACAUGGUGGUGGGCGAAGUACCGGCGGCCAUCGAGAUCCGAGCGCCGGCGCCGGCGCCGGUCGCGCCUGUGGGCGGACCUCUGGCGCCCAUCCCUGAGGCUGCGGACCUCCCGCCCCGGGCUCCCCGAGUCGGGCGACCACCGGCAGGGCCGCGGGCCGUCUACACCAGGAAGGACGUCGAGAUCGCGAAGUGCGGGAUCUCCCCGGGCUGCUACGGCUGCGCCGCGAUCCUCAACGGCGCCCGGGCGCAGGCUCACGCAGCCGAGCGCCGCGCUCGGAUCGAGCAGGCGAUGCAGGACGACGAGGAGGCUAAGCAGAGGCUCGAGGAUGCCCGCGAGCGGAAGCGGCAUCGCUCUGACGUCGCCGGGCCUGUCUACCAAGAGGGCGGCUCGCCCGGCAGUGGCGGCCUAGCCCCAGCUCAGCAGGCGCCGCCAGCACCCGAGGCCGCGGCGGCGGCUGACGUGGCGAUGGCACCGACACCACACGAACCAGGCGACGACAACAUGCAGGAGGAGAUCGGCGCCGUCCUGCUCUGCCUCGGCUACAGCGGGCGCAAGGCCGACGUGAUGGAGCAGCAGCGACAGUGCCGGGAGCUGAUCGAGCACUUCGAGGUGCACUUCCUCUUGGGCAGUCCUCGCUGCGCGCCGUUCUCCAUGCUGAAGUACCUGAACGAGGACACGGAGAAGCAGCGCGAGGCCUACGCCAUCGGGCACGAGCACUUGAGUUUCGUGAUGGAGCUCUACACGCUGCAGGUGAAGCACAACCGCACGUUCUUGCACGAGCGCCCCUGGAGCGCGGACAGCUGGGGCCUGGACAUCGUGAAGGACGCGAUGGCUCUCCCAGGUGUCGAGGUCGGGCGAGGCGACCAGCGCGCGUUCGGCCUGGUGGUUGCGGACGCGCACGGCGACAGGCUCGCCAAGGAGCCGACAGGAUGGAUUUGUAAUAACAAGGAGGCGUUGGAUGAGGUCUGCAAGCGCUGCCCCAGUGAUACUGGCAUUGGCAGCAACCACGAGCAUUCCACCUUCGUCGGCCGCAACAUGCGCGUGGCGGAGAGGUACCCGGUUAAGCUCCUCCGUGCCAUCCUCCGUGGCCUCCGCCGUCACCUUGGGAACAGGAAGGUGCUCGCGCUUUCGGCCCUGGAUGCUGGGCCGAACGUGGGCGAUGAGGAGAUCAGCCUGAAGGACUUCGCCGGGAGGUGGCGCGACGCGCUUAGGACCGAGUUCUACGACGACCUCACUGGCCUACCGCUGGACCCCGCGCGUGUGAAAGCCGCGAGGCGCCUGGAGAUGGAUUUCAUGGCGCAGCUUGGCGCGUGGGUCUACGCGAGGGAGGAGGACUGCCAGCGCGAGCUUGGGCGGAGGCCUCUCAGUGUGCGCUGGGUCGAUAUCGACGAGGGCGACGCCGACCGGCCGGGCUGCAGAUCCAGGCUCGUCGUGCAGGAGACCAAGGCGCAGAGCACCAUCGCCGGGGGCGACAUCGGCGCGGUGUUUGCGGCGACCCCGCCGCUAGAGUGCUUUCGGCUCAUCUGCAGCAUGGCGAUGUCGAGCGACCCGUCCGAGGGCCGCGUGCUGCGCGUCCUGGACAUCUCGCGGGCACGCCCGCACUGCGAGAUCAAGAGGACGGUCUACAUCAAGCUUCCAGAGGAAGAUCCGAUGUCGCAGGAGAUCGGCACGCGUGGGCUCUUGCGGAUGGCGCUCUACGGAACGCGCGACGCUGGCCAGAACUUCGAGCUCACGACUGCCGAGACGGUGAGCUUCUUCCACCACGACGAUGACUUCGUGCUCGAGGGCUCUCGGGGCGGGACGGAGUCGAUCUGCGAGGCUCUGAAGACGAAGUUCAUCGUGAAGGACAGGGGCGUGCUCGGGCCGGCGCCCACCGACGCGAAGGAGAUCACGCGCCUCAACAGGGUAGUGCGCUGGAGAGACCGAUGGAGCCAAGGGGGCGAGGCCAUCGAGUACGAAGCGGAUCCCAGGCACGCGCAGAUCCUGCGCGCACAGCUCGGAAUGGACCCCCGCACUACGAAGUCAUUGAGCACGCCAGGGCUGCGCCAGAAGCUGACGCCUGAGGUCGAGCGCGAGCUGAACGAGCACGAGGCGGCGGAGUACCGCAGCGCGCGCAUGAGGCUGGGCUACUUGGCGCUCGACCGGCCAGAUGUGCAGUUCACGGCCAAGGAGUGCGCUCGCGGCAUGCAGAAGCCGACAGAGCGACACCUCCGCCUCCUGAAGCGCGCUGGACGCUUCUUGAUCGGGGCGCCGCGGGCCAUCUGGAAGUGGGGCCGACAGCGGGCGCCCACAGUGAUGGACAUCUACUCGGAUUCUGUCGUGAUCAAAUAUGGGCAGCGCCUGAUCGUGACGGCAGCGACGACUCAGAUCCCCAUCUCCAUGAGUUCGGGGGAGGCUGAGUUCUACGGCUGUGUGCGAGCGGCCAGCAGGGCCAUCGGCAUGCAGUCACUGUGCCAUGGCCUAGGCAGGGAAGCGAGCCUUCGCAUCUGGAGCGACUCGGCAGCUGCUCUUGGCAUCAUGCAACGACGAGGUUGCGGCAAAGUCCGACACCUCGAGACGCCGACGCUGUGGGUGCAGAAGGCACUCAAAGACGGACGGUUUCAACUGGCCAAGGUUCCCAGGAAGUCGAACCCGGCGGACCUGGGGCCGAAGUUCCUCGACCAGGCGGCGAUGCUCCGAGGGCUGAAGAUGAUGAAUGUCGAGCUCUCGGACGCGCCUCUCUCGAGUGCCCUUCAG